GAGCGCGGCGGCACCAUGCCUGCUAUCAAGAAGGAGCGACUUGACAGGGAGGAGAUGGCCCUGGCAGCUUUUAACCAGCCCAUGGAAACCUUACCUGACUACCUCGCGCCUCUGGCCGCCGCUGCCAUGCCCGUGGUCGCCCCGCACCCGCCGGCUUACGAGCAGAUCUUUGCCCACCGCGCGUACCUGGGCUUCCACGAGCCCCACCACCCGCACCACCCCCACCACCUCCCCGAGGACCUGAUGCUGGAGAGGUUUUCCUCCAUCCCGGAUUUCCAGCCCUUCUUUGACAACGGAGAGCCCUGCAUCGAGGUGGAGUGCGGGGAGAACAAGGCGCUGCUCUACAUCAAUAAGUUGUGCCAAGGCAGCAAAGGACCCUCCAUCCGCUACCGGGGAGAGUGGCUCACCCCCAACGAGUUCCAGUUCGUCAGCGGCAGGGAGACGGCCAAGGACUGGAAGCGCAGCAUCAGGCACAAAGGGAAAAGUUUGAAGACUCUUAUGUCCAAAGGAAUCUUACAGGUACAUCCUCCAAUCUGUGAUUGCCCUGGGUGUCGAAUUUCGUCUCCAGUGAACCGGGGCCGCCUGGCAGAGAAGAGGAGCAUCCCCCUGCCCCCCAGCAGGGUCCCCAAGAAGGAGCUGGGCUCCCUCCUGUCCCCCAGCGAGGACAGCCAGGACAGCGACAGGGGCAAUGGGCAGCAGCCCCACGUGAAGCAGGAGGAGGACCUGCACAUCAGUAUCAUGAAAAGAAGGGUUCACACCCACUGGGAUCUGAACAUCUCCUUCCGAGAGAGCUCUUGCAGCCGCGACACCGACCUGUCCAGCAUCAUCUCCAGCCUGCAGCAGGGCCGCCAGCUCGGCAUGCCAGAGAGCCAGAGCCGCUGUGAGCUCAAGAGGAACCCCCUGGACGUGGGGCUGGCAGCAGCAGAUGAAAUUUUAGGCAAGAGAAGAGUAUGUUCCCCCAACAGCAGCAGUGAGUGUCCUUUGGAGAGCAAGAAAGCCCGGAGUGAGUCCCCAAAGGAGACGUCGCAGACGCCGGCGCUGGAGGAGGUGGCGCAGAUGACCCCCGAGGAGCACUACAGGCGCAUGAUGUCCGCCCUCAACGAGCACGGCUCCUUCGAGGAGCAGCAGCAGCAGCAGCAGCGCCUCUUCCAGCUGGCCAACAGCAUGGCAGUGCCCAGCCACGGGGAUCUGCUCCGGGCGCGGCAGGAGGUGGCGGCGGCGGCGGCGGCGCGGACCCCGGGCGCGAUGGAAGCGCACAUCCCCUCGGCCAGCAACUCGUCCAGCCAGCGCAGGAAGCAGGGCCUGCCCCAGCACAGGGACAGCCACUUCCCCGACAGGGAGAUCUCCCACCCACCGCCUCUGCUGUCGCCCCAGAACGCUCCCCACAUCGCCCUGGGGCCCCACUUGAGACCUCCCUUCCUCGGGGUGCCUUCAGCACUGUGCCAGACGCCAGGUUACGGCUUCCUCCAGCCGGCACAGGCAGAGAUGUUUGCACGGCAGCAGGAGAUGCUACGGAAGCAAAACCUGGCCAGGCUGGAGAUGUCGGCCGAGCUGAUCCGCCAGAAGGAGCUGGAGAACCUUCACCGGCAGAGGCUGCUGGCCGCGGACCCGCUGAGCCUGCACCCGGGGCUGCCCCCGGACCACCCCGCGCUGCGCAGCGUGCACGAUGUCCCCGAGGGCCAGGCGCUGCGGGACGAGCUGUCCCGCCGCAACGCCAUGCUGGUGCUGCGCCACAACAACGCCCCGCUGCUGUCCCUGAGCGCCGGCGGCGCCGCCACCCCGCCCAAGGAGCAGCCGCGGCGGGCGGGCCGCAAGGGCCCCUCGCAGCCCCGCGCCGAGCCGCAGGGCCCCGGCGAGCCGCGGGACGCGCGGCCGGGCCGCGACGGCGCCCAGGACUGUAACGAUGAGGAGAUGAAGGACUCGGAGAGCGACGGCGAGGACAAGGCCGAGGGGCUGAAGGGCGAGGGCGGCGCGGCGGCGGAGCUGAAGGAGGGCAAGGACGGCGGCGCGGGCAAGGCGGGCGAGGCGGCCAAGGAGGCAGGCGAGGCGGGCACGGCGCCCGGCACGGUGCCCUGCAGCUCCUCCAGCGCAGAGUCCCCCAGCCACCUGCUGGGGCCCGCCAUGGGCAAGGCCGAGGUGAAAUACCUGCCCCCGACCUCCCUGCCCGCGCCACAGCCGCUGCCCUUCGGCUUCCCCUACACCAUGAGCCCCUACUUCCAUGCAGGCACCAUGGGAGGUCUGUUUCUGGAUGGGGAGGAGAGCCCAGCGCUGGAGGACAUCAGCAAAUGGACGGUGGAGGACGUGUGCAGCUUCGUGUCCAGCCUGUCUGGCUGCACUGAGUACACUCAGGUAUUCCGAGAGCAGGCCAUCGAUGGGGAGACCCUGCCCCUCCUGACAGAAGAGCACUUACUGAACAACAUGGGGCUCAAGCUGGGACCUGCCCUGAAGAUCAGGUCACAGGUGGCCAAGCGGCUGGGCCGGGUGCUGUACAUGGCCGGGUUCCCGCUGGCGCUGCCGCUGCAGCCGCCGGGGCUGCGGCCCCCGGAGCGAGAGGCGGCCCCGGGCGAGCUCCGCCCGGCCUCCACCGGCAGCGUGGCCUCGCCCUUCGGCAGCGCCGUCCCGCCCAGCCGGGGCUCCCCGAAGCAGGAGAACGGGAACCCCGCCCUGCUCAGCGACACCACCAAACCCCCGUCCUAA